CACGGCACCACCUAACCAAACAAUGGUGUGGAACAAUAUGAUCAUGGAAUCGUAUGAGAACAACGCAGCACAGGAAGACUUGCAGCAACCUGGAAACAACACGGCAACAACUUCCAAGCAACAACUAUCUGCGCAGACGAUGGGAUCUGGUGAAGUUGAUGCAUUUUUCCUAGAAACAAGAAUAAAGUCAUCAGAAUCAACCAUACAACAACCAGACAACAACAGAGAAAAAACUACAGCAGUAGAUGAAGAUUUCGACUUCACCGACUAUGAAAAGCUUGUGGCUGCAGAAAUGGUACAGCAACUAGAAAACAACCAGGAAGAAGAAGAGGAAGUGGACAACACAGAAAUGAUGAUCAUCAAUGACAAACGACAUGAAACAAUAGAGAAGGGGCAAAUUUACAAGGACAAAGAAACAUUGAUAAGUACACUAUGCUACUUUGCAAUCAAGAAGACAUUUCAAUACAAAGUAGUGAAAUCUUGCACAAAAGAAUACAACAUAGUGUGUUUGGACACAAACUGCAAAUGGAGUUUAAAGGCUACAAAAAAUGGAAACACAGAAACAUUCAUAAUAAGGAGCUACGAAGAAGAACACACAUGUGCAGUUACAAUAAGAUUUGGAGAUCAACGACAAGCUACAUCAAAGUUGAUAGCAGACUUUGUAAAACCAAAAUUCUUGAACCUGAAAACAAAGUGCAGCCCUGCAGACAUAAAGACAGAAAUGAAAGACAAAUACGGAAUAAAGAUGAAUUACAUGAAAGCAUGGCGUAGUAAAGAGCGAGCACAAACCCAGCUACAUGGAAAUGCUAAAGAGUCGUACAAUCUCUUGCCAAGAUACCUGUACAUGCUACAGAAAACAAAUCCAGGAACAUUAAUAGACAUAGAGAAAGAUGAUGAUGACAGUUUCAAAUAUGCAUUUGUUGCAUUGAAUGCUGCUAUAAAAGGUUGGCCAAACUGCAAACCAAUCAUCGUGGUAGACGGUACAUUCCUAAAGGCCGCGUAUGGAGGCACGUUGCUCACUGCCAACACACAAGAUGCAGAAUCUAAAAUUUUUCCACUAGCAUACUGCAUAGUUGAUUCUGAGAACGAUAAAUCGUGGGAGUGGUUCUUAAAAAAAAUAAGAGAAGCAUUCGGGGUUCGAGAAUGUCAAUGCCUAAUAUCAGACAGACAUGAAAGCAUCAUCAAAGCAACUAGGAAAGUGUUCCCUGAAAUAACACAUGGCUACUGCAUCUUCCACCUCUUGUCGAACCUCAAAACAAAAUUCAAGAAAAAUGCAAAGCAUUUCAGAGUGCCAUUCUUUGCAGCUGCAAAAGCUUACACAGAAAUGGAGUUUGAAUUCCAUAUGAGGGAGCUAGACAACUUGGAUAAGCGCAUAAGACCGUACCUGGAGAAAAUUGGCCAUGAAAAAUGGUCAAGGUAUCAUUCAGAAAACAACAGGUACUCUACCAUGACAUCAAACAUAGCUGAGGCACUGAACUCAGCAAAUUUAGCAGCAAGGGAAACACCAGUGACAACAUUAAUGGAGUGCUUGAGGGCACAAAUGCAAGAGUGGACAUACAAUAAUAGAAAGGAGGCACAAAAAUGCACAACAAGGCUGACACCAUCAUCUGAGAAAAAACUCAUAGGGAACUAUGUACAGUCAUUGCGACUAACAGUAAGUUCAGAUUAUCGCUCGCAUAAAGUAAAAUAAAAACAGUUGUUUUUGAAUAGUUUUUUGG